AUGGAGACCUUAGUCUUCAGCUGGCUACUCUUCAUCUGCUUCACACACUUGGCUUCAUCUACAACCCAAGACUUCUCUUUCAUUGGCUUCAAAAACGCCUCUCCAAAUCUAAUAUUGUCCGGAGUUGCGGGGAUAGCCGACACAGGAGCUCUCAGGCUCACAACAGACACAAGUCGCAUGACCGGUCACGCCUUCUACUCCUCACCAAUCCGGUUCAAGCCACCCGGUCAAAACCGAACUCUCUCCUUCUCCACCUCUUUUGUAAUAGUCAUGGUUCCAGAGUACGUCACGCUUGGAGGCCACGGACUUGCCUUCGCCAUCACGUCAACUCCAGAUCUCCAAAAUUCUCUUCCUAGCCAGUACUUCGGCCUUUUGAAUUCAAGCCGAGCUAACUUCUCUAGCAACUUCUUAGCUGUGGAGUUUGAUACCGUCAGAGACUUGGACUUCGAUGAUAUCAAUGAUAACCACGUUGGCAUCGAUAUAAACACUCUUGAAUCAAGUACUUCAACUCCAGCUGGCUAUUUUCUACCUAACACAACCAAAAAGGAGCUUUUCUUAGACAGUGGUCGAGUGUUUCAAGCUUGGGUUGAUUAUGAUUCAGACAAGAAAAAGUUAGAUGUUAAGCUCUCUCCAUUGUCCGAGAAACCAAAGUUGUCUCUCCUCUCUUACAAUGUAGAUCUGUCCUCUGUCUUUGGAGAUGAGAUGUAUGUUGGUUUCUCUGCUUCCACCGGUAUGCUAGCUAGUUCUCAUUACAUCUUGGGUUGGAACUUUAACAUGAGUGGAGAAGCUUUGUCUCUGUCUUUACCAUCUCUCCCUCGGCCUCCACGUCCUAUCAAGAAGAAGAGCCCUGGCUUGAUCCUUGGAGUGUAUCUCUCGUGUUCGCUUUUGAUCAUCACGGUUCUUGUCGCUGCAGCGAUGUUUUUUAUAAAAAGGGCAAAAGAUGAUGAUAGAGUUGAAGAGUGGGAGCUUGAGUUUGGUCCGCAUAGAUUUGCUUAUAGAGAGUUGAAGAAAGCUACUAAUGGUUUUGGGGACAAGGAGCUUCUCGGGUCUGGUGGAUUUGGGAAAGUAUACAAAGGAAAGCUUCAAGAUUCAGACGAGUUUGUAGCCGUCAAGAGAAUCUCUCACGAGUCAAGACAAGGUGUGCGAGAGUUCAUGUCUGAGGUCUCCAGCAUUGGUCACCUCAGGCAUAGGAACCUUGUUCAGUUACUAGGUUGGUGUCGAAGGAGACAAGAUCUGCUUCUGGUAUAUGAUUACAUGCCUAAUGGAAGCUUAGACAUGUACUUGUUCCACGAAAACCCUAAAGUUAUCUUAACGUGGAAGCAACGUUUCAAAAUUAUCAAAGGGGUUGCUUCUGGCUUACUCUACCUUCAUGAAGGAUGGGAGCAAACGGUUAUUCACCGUGACAUUAAAGCCGCAAACGUUUUGUUAGACGGUGAAAUGAACGGGCGGGUUGGAGAUUUCGGUCUUGCUAAGCUAUAUGAGCAUGGAUCGAAUCCGGGAGCUACAAGAGUGGUUGGUACGUUUGGGUACUUAGCACCAGAACUUACUAAAUCAGGAAAGUUAACAACAAGCACUGAUGUUUAUGCGUUUGGUGCGGUUCUCUUAGAAGUAACUUGUGGUAGAAGACCUAUAGAGACAAACGCGUUACCGGAAGAGCUUAUAAUGGUUGAUUGGAUUUGGUCAAGGUGGCAAAGUGGAGACAUUAGAGAUGUUGUGGACAGGAGAUUGAACGGUGAGUUUGAUGAGGAGGAAGUGGUUAUGGUUAUCAAACUAGGGCUUCUAUGUUCUAACAACUCCCCUGAGGUUAGGCCUACGAUGAGACAAGUGGUUAUGUAUCUAGAGAAGCAGCAUCCGUCCCCGGAAGUUGUCCCUGCGCCGGAUUUUUUAGAUAAGAAUGAUAGCAUGUGUGUUGAUGAUGGAAGUGGUAAUGUUGGAGAGUUUGAGGAUUUUGUGGAUUCAGCUAGGUUUUUAAGUAGACCGCAUGAGACUACUACUUCGUCUAUAUUCUCAUCCGCCGAUAAAACUAAAACCGAUCGGAGAUGA